AUGCACUUUAACCAUCUUCAUUCUUAUCAAUUGCCUAUUUCUCUAUCUAACACUCAUUUUUUCACACACACACACACAUACUCCAUGGCUCUAAAAAACUUAACCCUAGUUACUUUCAUCCUCAUUUUAACCAUAACCCUUCAGAUUCACUAUCUUGAUGCAAGAAACUUAAAACAAAACAGCAUCAGCCAACUUAAUGCAAUUGAAGCUCUACAGACAAAACCUAUCUCAACUAACACUACAGUCGAGUCUCAGCCACCACCAUCACCACCACCACCACCACCGCGAAGUGCUCAAGACUUCCGGCCAACAACACCUGGCCACAGCCCUGGGGCGGGGCAUUCUAUUCAAAACUAG